AUGGAUACCUACUCUUCCAAUGCUAAACCCUCCAACGCCCCUCAAAACGCUAAUGCAAUACCCUAUAACUUCAAUGCGUUUCCUCGAACCAUCCAUUCCCAAAUGAAUUCAUCAACUUCCUCGAUCUUUGAUAGUGCUGGGGAGUUCGAUUGCGGCAGGAACGGCUUCAACCAGAAGUCAGCUGCGCCGGGUCGGCCUCGGGUAAGGCUGUCCAAGUUGAGGAAGCCGAUGAAUGGGAAGGUGAGAGGCGGACUGGGGGAAGUUGGGUCAGAUUUCAACCCGUUUAAGCAAUCCGUUCAAGGUUGGGGUCGAUCAAGCACAAUUGGUAAUCUAUCUUCAUCCAGCUUUUUAGAUAGUUUGAAUAUAGUUAACAAUGAUAAUAACAAUAAUAAUCCAAGGUUUGUAUUUGGUCUUAAUAAUGGAACUGAUAGAGACUUUAGUGGAAAUGUUGAGGUUGAGAAUGAAAAUAAGGAGCCUUUUAGAGAGAGUGAGGAUGAUGGAUUUGUAUUUGAAGCCAAUCAGCGUGGCGGCAUGAAGAAAUUGGUCUCUGAAAAUUUUGGUUUUGUUUUUGGUGCUAAUGGGAGUGAUGGAGGGGUAAAAUCAAAUCCGGGAAAGGGAAAAUCCAGAGAUUAUGUAGUGAGUUUUGAUGGUUGUAUGGGGAAAGCGAAAGUAGAGACUGGUUCCCAGGGUGGUAAAGAUAGUAAUUUAGAUUUUUCUUUUGGUGUGACCAAGAGUGGUUUAGAAUCUAGUUGGGGUUCAGGGAAAGUACAGUUUGAUAAGACUCUCAAUGAGCCAGAUUGUUGUGACGCUGGUGUUGUGUUUGGUUCUAGUCAAAGAUAUUCAAAUUUAUCUUCCAAUUCUGAUAGGAUUGAGUCUACCAUUUUUGCGGGGGAAUCAAUAUUUGGGCCUAAUCUCCAUGAUUCAUCCUCAUUUAAUCCCGAAAGGGGAGAAUCUGGCAAAAGCUUUGGACAGCCAAUUUCUGGUGAUUUUGGGAAGAUGAAUAUGAAGGGUGGAACAGAGUCCCAGAAAAUGGAACCUGCUGCAGUUAAUUUCAAUGUUAAUGGAAAUGAGAGUUGUGUUGAGGAUUGUGCUAAUGAUUUCUUUGUUUUUGGUGCCACUAGCGGUAAAGGUUCCUUUUCUAAUGAAUGCAAAGAUGGAAUCAAAUCAAGCAGUGGAAAUUUUGGAGUUUCUGUUGACAAUGGUUCGUCUAAGGAUGGUUUUGUGAAUAGCAAUGAUGUUGGUGGUUCUUCUGGUGCAAACUCAAUAUUUAUAUUGCAACAUGAUUUACAGAAACUAAAUAUCAGUUGCUAUAGAAAUGUUGAUGGUAGUGACACAACUGAGGGUUCAGACACAAAAGUGGAUUCUGAGACCAUAUUUGUUUUUGGAAGCUGUGAGAAGGUAUCUGGCCCUUUGAAAAACGCUCCAGAUGGUGGUCCUUGUCAAGAUUGGUCCAACAAUGGAAAUGUGAAUGGUGUUGUAUCUUCUAAUAGCUUUAGUGAAGAUACUGCUGGAAUUUCUGAUGCCAAACCAUUUACAUUUAGGGCAGGCAUCAGUAAGGCUUCUAAUAUUGAAAACUCUUUCCAAGGUCAUGGUAGAGAUGAUGUAGGUCUAAGUGAGAUCGAUACAUGUGCAUCUCUCAAUCUCAACUCGCAAGGAAAUAGUGCAGUUGACUCGGUGACGGUUGGAAUAGAAAAGAACAAUGAAAGUUGUUCAACUGGCAAUCUAGAUCAAAUGGGGACUUCGUUCAGUGAUUUUAAAACACCUGAGUGGGAUCUUUCUUCCUUCAAAGCACAUCUAUUUACCGAAGUGGAUGAGAAGUUGGAAAUUGAUGUAAAAAGUGGCUUAGCUAAGGGGAAAGGAGUAAAGAAAAUGAGAGCAACAACAUGUGCUAAAUGA